UAGCACUGGAACGAGCACAGAGUGGACGCGCUAACAUCAAACACACACACACACACUCUCUCUCAUACACACACACGGUCUCUCACACACACAGGCACCGAGACUCAGAGAUUUGCCCGAACUCACACCGCAAUGGACGGAACCAGCACUCGGCAGAGUUUAGGAAGGUAACUGGAGUGCCGCCCCAUGAGACAGAGCGCAGCGGUCAGUUAUUCCCUCACCGAAGCUGUUCUGUCACUACAGAUUCCCACAGAUGUCCGGCUCCGGCCUGAUGGGUCGCGUGAGGUCGGCGUUCCGUCGGCCGACGGACAGCUGGCACCUGAGCGACACGGCGGCCUUCGACUUCUCUGACGACCUGGAGGACGACGAGACGCCCAAGUUCAGCCAGCUGAAGGUGGUGGUGUCUGGAGAGGCGGACGAGUUCCCCGCCGCCGCCAACGGGACGACGACGCUGGUGGUGGACGACGACGACUCCCUGCUGGGCUCCUCGUCGAGUCUGGUGACGGCGGACGCGUGCGACGGCUGCCGCAGGAGCAGAGAGAGCGACAAACGUAGGAAGGUGAUGAGGAAGCUGGGCUUCGCCGCGGCGCUCUACUUCCUGUUCAUGAUCGGCGAGCUGAUAGGUGGGUACGUGGCCAACAGUCUGGCCAUCAUGACGGACGCGCUGCACAUGCUGACGGAUCUGAUCGGGAUCGUCGUGUCGCUGCUGGCGCUCUGGCUCUCGGCAAAACCACCGACCUACAGAUUCACCUUCGGCCUCCAUCGGCUCGAGGUGUUGUCAGCAGGUAUUAGUGUGUUGCUGAUCUAUAUUCUGACGGGUGUGUUGGUGAACGAAGCCGCACAGAGAACGAUUCAUCAGGACUUCACCAUCGACGGAGAUGUGAUGCUGAUCACGGCCGCGGUGGGCGUCGCCGUCAACCUGCUGAUGGGCUUCCUCCUCAAUCAGUCGGGGCAUCUUCAUUCACACGGCCACGGCCACUCUCACGGGUCACAAGGGCGGGGUCAAGGCCAGGGUCAGCGGGGUCACGGCAGUCUGGCGGUGCGAGCGGCCUUCAUCCACGCUCUGGGCGAUCUGGUCCAGAGCAUCGGUGUGCUCAUCGCCGCGUACAUCGUCAGGUUUAAGCCGGAGUAUAAGCUGGCGGAUCCCAUCUGUACGUACCUGUUCUCCGUGCUGGUGCUGUUCAGCACAUUCCAAAUCAUCAGAGACACCGGCAUCAUCCUGCUGGAGGGCGUUCCGCGUCAUGUGGACGUGUCUGGCAUCCGAGCGGACCUGCUGAAGCUGCAGCACGUGGAGUGUGUGGAGGAGCUGAAACUCUGGGCUCUGACGGCCGACAAAACCGCAGCCAUCGUUCACCUGCAGCUCGUGCCAGGGAUUGUGGGUAACUGGGAGGAAGUGCAGGCGAACGCACGACGGCUGCUGAUGACGUCACACGGCGUGACACACUGUACGGUGCAGCUGCAGACGCAGAGACAGGGGGCGCCACAGUCCUGCACACACUGCCUCACAUCCAGUGCCUGAACGCUCAUCCGCCUCUCUCUCUCUCGCGGUCUCACUACACAUACACACACACACACACACACGCGAGGAGAGAGAGAGAGAGACGGGUAAACUGACGUGUCGACCCAGCAGGGUUUUAAUGAUUGUCUAGUUUUUUCUAUAAUGAAUAUUGACCUCAUUUUGAUAAACCUUUAAUACAGACGUGCACACAGAGGAACGGUAGUUUUGGGACUCUGUCUGUCACUGAGGAACGUCGACAGACCGAGAGACGCUUUUAUGUUUGUGCGUCUGUGUGUUCUGGAGUGAAUCUCAUGAGAACGGCUCGCAUUAAACCACAAAAUUAGACAAAACAAAUCUGUUUUCCAUGAGCUGUGUUUUUUUGUGGAACAUGACAUUAUUUUAAUCACAGCAUGUUUUCCACUUUAAUUCUCAUGGUCAUCUUGCAAAUAAAAAAAAUCUAAUUUUUAUUAAAUUAAAGGCAGUGCAACUUAAAUAAUAUAUUUAAUUUUUCACAUUUAAUUUGGUGGUGUGCUAAAAAUGCAAGAAAAUUUCGUUUAGAUUAUUUGGGGUGAAUAUGAGCUGAACAGCUUUCAUGAGAUUCACAGCACUGGAAUAAUCCGCACGCGCUCAGUGUGUGUCCGCAUCUCGUCCGACACGCGUUUUCAGAAUUCAUCCAUGAACGGACAAUCAGUUUGACGGGACAGACGGUCGUUUCUCAUCUUCACUGUAACACUGUAGUUUUGUGCAUUUCAGACAUUUAUAAGGAUUUCCUGCAGAUGUUUGUGUGCCACAUGAUCAGAACCGAACAACACAAUCUUCCUUUUAUGUUUUUAUUUGAUUUCUUUAUUCCUCAAGAUGCAGAUAUAAUUAUUAUUUAACUAUCAGUGCCUCUCAUCAGUAUUUGGCCAUUAUGCCUUUUUAUUAUUUUUACGGUUUUGUUUAAUUUUUUUUUUUUUAAUAUAGUACCGUUUUGUUUUUUGAAACCGAAUGUCAGGCUUUGGAUGGUUUGCAUCUGUGUUUUCUUUAUGUUUGCAGUAUUUGUGUCUGAGAGCAUCAUGGAUUUACACUGACUGCUGAAGCGCUUGAUAACUUGAAAUAAAUACAUUUUAAAUGCCGA